AUGUCUGAGACAACUGCUACUAGCGAUACGAGCGAUCUGGGGGAUGACGCGAGCUUUGUGGACAAGUAUGCUUGGAUAAUCGUCAUCGCCACCAUCCUCAUCCUCACCUCAGGCCUCACCUUCGGCCUCCUCCGCAAAUACCACAAACGCGGCCGCAUGACAGUCUGGUCCAUGACCCCGCACUGCCGGGAAUGCCAGACCAAGCUCGCGAGCACGAGUGAGAGUAAGGGCGACUAUGGGCUGCAUAAGCUGUGGUGCUGCAGGGCGAAAGUGUAUUGGUGUGAUGAAUGUGAUAGGAAGGGGAGGAAAGAGGGGUAUGCUUGA